UGCGCGCGGGUGGGUGACAUAAUGGAAUUUUUUCAGGGCUAGGAGGCGACCAUUGCCCGGCAGCGGAGCCAGAAGGAAGGAGGACGACGCCGAGGAGAGUUUCAUAUGGGAGACAUAUCCGCUCCGUGUAGGCGCCCUCCGGUGAGGGUGUAGAAUGGAAAGGAGCUUCUAUUCGUCCGCCAGCUUCUCCCCGCGCAGCGCCAUGAUGAAGAAGGACGUCCACCUCAGCCUGGACGAACACGCACCCGAGCUCAAGACCGCCGCCGACGGCCUGCUCAACUCGCCGGACUUGGGGCUUCUCAAGCUGGCCUCCCCGGACUUGGAGCGCCUGAUCAUCCAGUCCCACAGCAACGGCGGCCACCACGCCGCGUCCCAGUUCCUCUACCCGAAGUCCGCCAGCGACGAGCAGGAGUUCGCGGAAGGCUUCGUGAAGGCUCUGGAGGACCUCCACAAGCAGAACCAGCUGAGCGAGGCGGGCUGCGACAGGCUGGAGCUCCUGGGAGGCGCCGGCGCCGGCGCGGUGGGCUCCUCCGGGCUGCACGAUCUGCCGGUCUACACCACCCUGAACGGCUACGCGGGCGCCACCGCGAUCAACUACGCCACGGACACCAUCCCCUUCCCGCCGCCGCCGCCCGCGCACCUCAGCCCGCAGCAGCAGCAGGCCUUGUCGCGGCUCCAGUCCGGCGUGAAGGACGAGCCGCAGACCGUCCCGGACAUGCAGAGCCUGGGCGACAGCCCGCCCCUGUCGCCCAUAGACAUGGACAACCAGGAGCGCAUUAAGGCGGAGAGGAAGAAGCUGCGCAACCGGAUAGCCGCCUCCAAGUGCCGCAAGCGGAAACUGGAGAGGAUCUCCCGGCUGGAGGACAAGGUGAAGACGCUGAAGACGCAGAACACCGAGCUGGCGUCCACGGCCUCCGUCCUCCGCGAGCAGGUCGCCCAGCUCAAGCAGAAGGUGAUGAACCACGUCAGCAGCGGCUGCCAACUUUUGCCCAACCAAGUCCAAGCUUACUAAGGCCACGCUUGGUUGAACUCCAGUUUUUUUUUUUUUUUUUUUUUUUUAAAAAGGCCUGACAUGAAGUUCCUGGCGUGGACGCACCCUGCACGUGGGUGUGUCCGGAGGUGAAAGGUCAAACGUUCUGGCCAAAUACUGGGUAUAUAAAUAUGUAUAUACUGCCUUACUUGUUUACAUGCACUUACCAAUGACAAAUAUAUAUAUUUUUUAUUUACUGAAACAUGUAUUGUAUACCUCUGGUCAUAUUUACAUUUUUUUUUUUUUUUUUUUGUAUUGGACACACCUUAUGUAGCUGUAGAAUAAAAUGUAUUUGUCUCCAUGAA